AUGGUCAUCUGCCCAAAUCCCAGACAACACUGUAGUGAGGUCUCUGCCACCUCCACCGUGCUGGCCUCUGGGCUGCUGCUGUGGGCCCUAUUCUUUUGCCUCUCUGCCCUGGUGGUGCUCUCGGUAUGGAGACAGAGGAAAGCUUGCAGCAGCCUUCCGCCUGGGCCCACCCCUCUGCCUUUCAUUGGCAACUACCUGCAGCUCAACACUGAGCAGAUGUAUGACUCUUUCAUGAAGAUUGGGGAAAAAUUUGGGCCCGUCUUCACAGUGCACCUGGGACCAAGGACCGUCGUGGUCCUGACUGGGUUUGAGGCUGUGAAGGAGGCACUGGUCGACCAAGCAGAGGAGUUCUCUGGUCGGGGGGAGCAGGCCACCUUUGACUGGCUCUUUAAGGGAUUCGCCUUAUCUGGACCCCAGUCCUGGCUCAACAUCUGCUCCAAUCCCAGCCAACACUGCAGCAAGGCCUCUGCCACCUCCACCAUGCUGGCUUCCGGGCUGCUGCUGGGGUCCCUCUUGCUUUCCCUCUCAGCCUUGGUGGUGCUCUCUGUAUGGAGACAGAGGAAAGCUAGCAGCGGCCUUCCCCCUGGGCCCACCCCCCUGCCUUUCAUCGGCAACUACCUGCAGCUCAACACCGAGCAGAUGUAUGACUCCCUCAUGAAGCCAAGGCUGGAAAGGCCCCUGAAGAUUGCGUGGGAUGUUGGAGACCGGCCAUGA